AUCCAUCAAAAUAUUUGAAAAUUCGUACAAUGAAAAUAUUAUUCGCCCAGUUGGGUUUUAUUUAUCAUUUUAGUUAAUUAUAAUUUUUAUUUUAUUAUAAGUUAGUGUUUUAUAACUCAACAUGAAUACAAUGAUAAAUCUAGGGGAUCCUGAGCUGGAACUCAUCGAUCCAACACCGAACGUCCACACUUUGUUUAUACACUUUGAUAAAAUGUUUUUCUGGACAAAACUGGCUAGCAGGGCUGUGGUUAGAUGGAGUAAACGUAUGUACUCAUGUGCUGGCAUUUGCUCAUAUGAAGGCAGGGGUGGUCUCUGUGACAUUGCUUUGAGCGAGCCUCUACUGAAACUGCGGCCUCGCAAGGAUCUCAUCGAGACCCUGCUUCAUGAGAUGAUACAUGCCUUUCUAUUUGUUACCAAUAGAGAUCAGGACCGAGAUGGCCACGGACCUAACUUUCAGGCACAUAUGCACAGAAUCAACAAAUCUGCUGGGCUAAAUAUUAGCAUAUACCACAGUUUUCACGAUGAGGUCAAACUUUACCAAACUCACUGGUGGCGAUGUAAUGGCCGUUGUCAAACAGUAAGACCCCAUUUUGGUAUAGUAAGGCGCUCCAUGAAUAGGGCUCCAGGGCCCAAUGACUGCUGGUGGGAUGACCACAAGAGAAAAUGUGGCGGUACCUUCAUCAAAAUCAAAGAGCCAGAGAAAAAGACUAGAGGCAAGGCAGCUCCUGUUACUAAACCAAAUGCAGACAUUACGAGAUAUAUUACAAGUAAUAUUAAAACCAUUAAUAACAUACCAAAUACCUCUAGUAAUAGUAAAGCGGUGCUGAAAGAUUCUAGCAAUAUAAAGACUAAUACUAAUGUAAGGUCUAAUAACUCGAGUACUCUAGUAGUAAGUAAAAAAGGAGUUGUGUUCAACCCCACUUCAGUAAAACCUCCAAUGAAACCUCCUUUACCUCCUGUACCAGUUUUCACUGGCAGUGGCCAAAGUAUUACAGGAAGCUCUCGACACAUUGACAAUGUGACUGAAACAGUAAGAAAUAUAUGGGCUAACAAACAAAUUCCUAUAAAGACAAACUCUAGUCCAGUACUUAGAAAACCUGUUACAGUUGUAGAGACUGGUACUAAAUCUAUCAAUAAAGUUUUAGACUCUACUACUAAAAAGCAUAAAGCAGACACUAAUAUUGAACCUCCAGCCAAAAUUAAGAAAAUUGAUGAUCACAAGAAUGCAACGUCAAUACUAAAAGACUUGUAUGGGGAUGAUUAUAAAUUGACACAAUCCAAUGAUAGUAAAAAGUUAAUUGCUGUACAUGUUAAAGUUGAUUUAGUUGCUUGUCCUAUAUGCAAUGAAAAAUUCAGUAAUGAAGAAAUUAAUAAGCAUUUGGAUGAGUGUUUGAAUAAGGAUAUCAUUGAGAAACUGAGCAAGGAUGAAAUAGUAGAAGAACAAGAAAUUAGACCAAGUGCAAGUAGAAUAGAUAGUGUACCUGCAAAAGUUACUGUGAAACCUGAUAGUACAAAUAAUAAUAAUUUCAUAGAUUUAACUUGGCUAGAUACUAAUUCUGUAAACACAAAACGUAAGAGAAAGACUGAAUCGCAAGCUACAUUAGAAUCUGUGAAUAUAUAUAAUGUGAAAUCACAAGUUAAAGAUAAAGAUAACAGUAGAAGAAGAUCAGAUAGUUUCAUUACCAAAGAAAGAGGAGAUUAUUUGUCAAAUGAAACUAAAAUGGAAAAAGUAAAAGAAGUCAAAACUGAACCAAAGGCUGGGCCAAGUGUAGAAAAAGAAUUUGAGCAAACAUGUCCGUGUUGUGGAGUGAAGUUUGAUAAACCAGUAGAGGAGCAUUUAGAGGAAUGUUUGACUUUCUUUGACAAUAAUUCUACGAUACCUGAUGAGGGAGCUAGCACGAGCUAUAGUAAUAAUACGACUAUACAGAUAGAUGACGACGAAGAUGACAUAUUUGAUGAGACACAGGUACUGAAUGCCACGGGAACUAAGACUCCAUGCCCCUGUUGUAUGGAGAUGGUGGAGAUAGAUGACAUGAAUGCUCAUUUGGAUAUCUGUUUGAAGUGAUUUUUGUACAAACUUAUAUUUUUAUGGGUAUUUUUUGUUAGUGUUGUUGAUUACCGACAUGACGUUAGUUUUUUAGCCGCCUUACUUCAUGUUUUUGUUGAAAAGUCCUUUGUAAUCAUACAAUUUAAUAUGAGUAAGGGAUGGUUCAUAUCUGACGGAACAUGCGUGGCGUAUCAUCGGUCGCAUAACGCCAGAACAGACAAAUGUAUAGAAAAGCAAUUGACCGUUCACACUCAACCGAUGAUACGUCAGUAAGACCGAUGAUACACUCGAAGUAUUUUACGUCAGAUAUGAACCGGCCCUAACUUAUAGUAAUUUUGGUUGGUUUUUUUCUGUAAUUGUAGUUGAAUGACAUCUUACUAGCAUUAUAAAUGU